AUGGUUGAACCCGAGAAGCGACGUCGCCGGCCGCCGGUGUCGUGCACACUCUGCAGGAAGCGCAAGAUUCGCUGCAACCGUGAGCUCCCAUGUAACAAUUGUGUCCGGUCCAAGGUGCCUGGACUCACUUGCGCCUAUGACAAGUCAGCCAACCCUACCCCAAGACUGGCUCAGACUGCCCAGACCAGAGCCAGUCCAGCCAAAAUUGGCGAGAUCUUCCUGGCCCCCAAGUUCUCUCCUCCCGAGAGCCUCCUGUAUGAUGGCGAUGCUGUUGAUUCCGAGACGGAAGAAGCGCAGGGCCGGUUCCCCUUUGAACCGGUCCUCGUGCGCAACGAUGCAAGGAGCAUCGCACCCAAGGCAUCGCCUGGAAGUGUGCAGGAUGCUGAUACGAUGCGGUCGCGCAUUGCCCAGUUGGAAGAUCAGCUGUUACAAUUGAGGUACAGGAAUAGCGCCAGCUCGUCUACCGUCUUCACGACGAACAACAGCACUACCUCCCCAGAGGAGAACCAAGAAGCCGCCGCUCCAGGACGGGCACCUCGUCAGAGAGCAUCGGCCACCUAUGAAUUUGAGAAUGAAAUUUUCGGACAGGCUCUCUUCACCAGCCGCAGUGUCAUGCACAAGAAGCGGUUGUUUGGUCAGAGCCACUGGGCCAAUUGCCUUGCCAUGUUUCGAGAUGUUUUCGAAGUCUUCGAGCCUCGAGUAGCCCAAGAUAUGACAUCCAAGAUAUCCGAACGUCUCUCCCGGUGCAAAGAACUUGCUAGGAUCAUCAAAGCUGACCGGGCGCCCCUGUGGCCUGCGAUGCCCACUUACGAUCUGCCCCCGAAAGAGGUGUGCGACCAGCUGGUCGACGGAUACAUCAGGACCUCCGAGAGCGUCUACCGCGUACUGCACAUACCUUCCUUCAUGAAAGAGUACAACGCCAUUUGGUCGUCUGGCCCGAAGCCGGACAUGACAGCCAUCGUCACGAUAAAGCUCGUCCUCGCCAUCGGGGCUACUGUUUACGAUGAGAAGUUUAGCAUGCGCAAGUCGACUGUCCACUGGAUCCACGAGGCGGAGACGUGGCACUCUCGUCCCGACUACAAGGCCCGUAUUUUCAUCCGCGAUAUACAGUCCCGGAUCCUCCUCCUGAUCGCCCGCGAGGCCUGCGGCCAAGGGUGGAGCAUGACGUGGCUUCCCAUGGGAGAGCUGCUGCGAACGGCAAUGUACGUCGGGCUGCAUCGAGAUCCGACGCGACUACCGCGCCGGACGACCUUCGCCGCCGAGCUUCGCCGUAGGAUUUGGAACACCAUCUUGGAACUGGCUCUGCAAACGAGCCUGCUUGCCGGGGCCGCUCCACUCAUCUCGCCGGAUGAUUAUGAUACGCAGCCUCCGGGGAAUUUCGACGACGAACAACUCCUGAUCAAUGACCCAGAGACUAAGCCAGACACCGAAUUUACCCAGAUGUCGAUCGCCAGAGCACUCUGCCAGACGUUCGAGGCUCGGCUUGGUGUCGCCAGGUAUCUCAACGACCUCAGUUCCCGAAACAGCUAUGAGGAGACCCUGAGGCGAGACGCCGAGCUGCGAGCCGCGCACCGCCUCAUUGGAAGGCAGAUCCAGAUGUGGAAGGCAAAAAGCACCGCGGGCCUCCCCGGCCCCUCAACCUUUCAACUGACCUUUAUCGACAACGUCAUGCGCCAGACCCUCCUGGUCCUACACGUGCCCUUCUACGGCCCAUCCAUCCACGAAGCCUCCUUCGCGUUCACGCGCAAGGUCGUGAGCGAGACCUGCCUCGCCGUAUGGCGCGCAUCGUCCGGCUCGCAAGUCUCCAUCCGCGGACCACACGUCACCUCGUCCCCUCCCUCCAAGAAGGAAGACUUCGCCAUCCUCGCAGCCCUGCGCUCCGGAAUCUACGGGACCAUGCAGUCCAGCUUCCUGCUUCUGGCCGAAAUCCGCGCGCAGAUCCGCGAGUACGACGACGGGCUGGGCGCUACCCCCAUCCGCUCGGACAUGCUCCCCGUCAUCGACGAGAUUAAGGACCUGAGCUUCGAGAUGAUCGUCAACGGCGAGACCAACAUCAAGGGCACGCUCGUCAGCAGCCUCAUCAUCGCGCAGAUUAAGGCCAUGCUGGGGGGUCUGACGGGGGAGGCGAUGCACGGGGCGCUCAUCGACUCGGUGCUGGACACGAGCGCGAGGUGCCUCGAGGUGCUGGAGAAGGCGGCAGCAGAGGUGCAGCACGGGGAGGAUCAAAAUGCAGAGAGCGAGGCGCCGGGAAUGCCUCUGGCGCUUCCGCGGAUGAACCUAGCUGAUCAGCUCACACUGGACUGGGACUUCACGAUUCCAGAAACAGACUUUGGGACUGGAGCCAUUGAUCCAUCGGUUAGUAUGCUUGAGCAUAUGAACUGGAUGUUUGACGACGAAAUCCUCCAGGGGCCGCCGGUUGCUUGA